GUUAGAGGGGACCCCAACGGGGAGGAGAUGGGGGGGGCCGGGACCUCCCGCCUCACCCCGUGCGCCCGGGCACAGCCGCCAUGGCCGGGAAGCGCCGCUCCCGGGCAGCAGUCGCCGUGUCGGCGGACGACAAGCUCCUGCUGCUUCAGAGCCAAGCGCUGGCCGAGGAGGAGGCGGCCAAGAGGAAGGGGGAGAUGCUCACCCGGUUCCUGAAGCACAAGCUGGCCCAGGAGGAGCAGAGCAGCGCCCUGAGCCUGCACAAGCUCCACGAGCAAUGGAGGGCGGUGCUGCGGGAGGCCAAGACCUCGGAGCUGCGCCGGGAUGUGCAUGUCCUCAGCCGGGCCUUCGCACGGGUCAUGGACUGCAAGGACGGCGUCAUCGAGGCCCUGGCCGCAGACCUGGAGGAGGCGGAGGAGCAGCACGGCCGAGCCCUGCGCAGCCACUUGCUCAAUAUGGACCGGCUGCUGCAGCUGCAGCGCUGCCGCCUGGCGUGCCUGGAGGACGGGUACCGGGCCCACCUCCAGGCCAUGCAGGCUGCCUUCGAGGAGGAGAGGAGAACCAUCGUGGAGCAGCAUGAGCGGGAACGCUGCUACCUGCAGGACGUGGCGCUGGGCACGGAGCAGAAUCAGGCCAAGAACGACUUGGACAUCACGCUGAAAUUCCAGAGUUCCCUGGACGACAUCAAAAACGAGAGUCUGCAGGAGAAGCAGUACACCCGCCUGCAGAUUGGGGCAAAGCUGGAGGAGCUCUGGAAGCAGGUCCAAAGCACCCUGCAGGGCUAUGCCGAGGCCACCGAGCAGCAGAGGGUAGCUUUCGAGGUGCUCAAGCAGAAGGACGAGAAGAGCUCCAGGGAGGUGGAGACGCAGACGAAGAAGCUGCAGAAGCUGCAGGGCUCGAUCACAGCCAUCAGGAGCCGACUUGUGGCUCUCAUCCAGGAGAGCGAGGAGCAGAACCGGCGCAUGCGGGAGGAGAAGGAGAAGGUCCUCGGGCAGCUCCGGGAGCUCAGGACUGAGAUGAACCAGAUGGGCACUGAUGCCCACGACAGCCUCCUCAGACUCACCCUGCAGAGCGGUGCUGCCCUCAAGGCGCUGGCACGGGUGACAGAGAAGGCCCAGCACAUCUUGCGCCUGGCCGAGAUGUGCCGCAGGAUGGAGACGGAGGAGGAGAAGGUGCUGCCCUUUUACCCAUCUUCGCUGGAGGAGGAGGAGGAGGAAGAUGCCCGGCAAGUCCUCCAGGAGACACCAGUGGAGGCACUGGCCUGGGCCGUGCAGGACUACGCCGGGCUGGAGCGCUUCUGGCAGCGCUUCAACAAGGCGAAGCUGGAGGAGCAGGCGCUGGAGCAGCAGAGGGCGGCGCUGAGCCGCAGGAACCGGCGCCUGCGGGACCUGCUCCGGCAGUACCUGGACGGGAUCUCCAUCCCGCAGGAGGUGCUGAGCGAGCCCAACCCGCUCCUCGCCGUCAAGCACAAGAGCUGCAUCCCCAGGGCCCUGCCCCACACCGGCGGUAACUGCGCUGUGCAUCCCAAGACCCACCUUCAGCCCAUCCAUGGCUCCACCAGCACUGCCUGAGACCCCCCAGUGCAGCCCCGGACACUGCAGUGACUGGGACAGCCUGGAGGUGCCAUAAAGGAGCUAAAUUGCACACAAAACUGUGCUCCGGGGUCUUAUUUCUGAAAUAAGCUGAGCUUUGGUGUGGGUCUGUCACCUCCCGCUUGUGUUCAAGGUGUCUCUGCACCUCAGAGCCG